AUGGAGAACUUUGAAGCUACAAAAAAAUUAAUUCUUGAUAUAAUUGAAGUUAGUCUUAGCGUAACCGAUGACGAUAAUGACAGCGAAUACAUAGCAGCUAAAAGAAGCAUCGAAAGGUUGUUCGAAAAACUGAAGGACCAAGAUAUGCCUGCAGACGAAGCUGAAAAUGACUGUUGCGAAUUAGACGAGUUUAAUGAUGAUAAACACCAGAGUUCCAGCAACAAGUACUCCUCCCAGGCAGGCGACGACGAGGAGCGUGAGGACGUCGAGCCCCGGUGCUCAUUCUGCGAUGCGCCUUUCCCUAAUAUCGAUGUGCUCGACCGCCACCUGAUCCAAGCGCACGCGCAGCCAGCCGGCGCGUUCCACUGCGAGCUGUGUAACCGAGCAUACAGCUCGCGAGCGCUGCUGCUUCGGCACCGCGCGCUCGCGCACACUGACAUCAGGAAAUACCCAUGCGAGAACUGCCCUAAGGUAUUUACCGAUCCUUCCAACCUCCAGCGCCACAUUCGCGCGCAGCACGUCGGCGCCCGCAGCCACGCGUGUCCCGAGUGCGGGAAGACCUUCGCCACCUCCUCCGGCCUGAAGCAGCACACGCAUAUCCACUCCAGCGUCAAGCCUUUCCAGUGCAAGGUCUGCUUCAAGAGCCUUUUAGAUAGUUACUCGGGAAGUGAUGGUGAUUUACCCGGUGAAAUAAAGCUAUGCUUUAUGAAGAAUUAUUUUGAAAUCAUAUUCAUCUAG